GUUAUUGGCUUUCUACAUUUAGAGCAGUAAAAACCGCCGAAUUUAAAACAAUUCUUAAUUGCCAUUUCAUGACAUUUGUGGCCUUAGCGGCUUGCCAUACAUGAGGAAUUGCAGGUUAGUGAAAGUGAAAGCAACCGCGGAUCUCCGUCAGAGUUUCUGGAGGAACGCUGUUCGAUGGCCUACAAAACCAGAACCACCGAACCAGAACCACACGAACCGAGCGGGGUGGAGAUCACAGACAUCCACCUCACUGUCCCACAGUCUUUGCUGAAGGACCCCAAGCCGCCAAGGAUUCGUAUAUUGAAGAAAGGAGAUGCCUUUUGUGUGGUGACGGGAACUUUUAAAGACUUGGAAAAACUUGUUGAGAAGCAUUAUCUUCCAGAGAGUCCGCAAAAACUUGUUGAGAAGCAUUAUCCUCUAAAGAGUCCGCAAAAACUUGUUGAGAAGCAUUAUCUUGCAGAGAGUCCGCAAAAACUUGUUGAGAAGCAUUAUCCUCUAAAGAGUCCGCAAAAACUUGUUGAGAAGCAUUAUCCUCUAAAGAGUCCGCAAAAACUUGUUGAGAAGAAUGAUCUUCCAGAAACUCCACCUGUGGUUGUGCGUUUGAUUGUACUGGAGUACGUGGAAUCUAAGUGCAAAGAAAAACUGGAGAGAAUCCUGGGUGAGAAUUUUGAUCUGAAAACUGGGCCGGAGCGUAACGGCACCACCCAGGUGAUGUUCAAACAUCUCCAAGGCUCAGCUGUGAGCAGCUGGGAACAGAACUUUGUGAGACAGAGAUUUAUCACCUUUUACCAGAGGACAGCUUCUGAUCUUAAGCGGAUGAAUCUGGAUCUGGGCUCAAGGGAUUUAUCUGAGCUGAAGCAGCGCUUUCCUCUCCUGCUCUUUAAGAAGACCAAGCCGGUGACUGUGAUCGGACCUUACAGUCAUGUUGCCAAACUAGAUAAGUUUCUGCACCCAAGUCCACGCAGCAGGAGGGGCUCAGAACCUGUCCCAGCGAGUGGCAGAUUGUCUAAUUCUUCCCCCAGACAACGUUCAGAGGAGAUGUGUCCCAUCUGCAUGGAGCCGAUGGCAGCCAAAGACACAGAACAGCUGCGAUGCAAGCAUUCCUUCUGCAAAGACUGUCUCAAACAAGCUUUCAGCUAUAAAAAAGUUUGUCCCGUCUGUGGGGAGCUCUAUGGUGUCCUAAAGGGGACACAACCUGACGGAGGUUAUAUGGACAUCAGUAAAGAUCCAAUACCUUUACAGGGAUAUGAGAAAUAUAAAACUAUAGUCAUCAAGUACUACAUCCCAGAUGGCAUUCAGAAGGAGGAACACCCAAACCCAGGUCAGCCGUAUCAAGGUGUGUCACGGACAGCAUACCUGCCAGACUCCCCCGAGGGCCAAGCCAUCCUGAAGCUGCUGCAGCGGGCCUUUGACCAGAGGCUCAUCUUCACCAUUGGGCGCUCCACCACCAGCGGCAGGAGCAAUGUGGUCACAUGGAACGACAUCCAUCAUAAGACGUCCAAGCACGGAGGACCUUCUCACUACGGAUACCCCGAUCCUGCUUAUCUGAGCCGAGUACGAGAAGAGCUGAAGGUCAAAGGAAUCAAAUGAGAAAGUCUGAGGACGUUGAUACAAAAGCGAGAACGCCCGGAAUGAAGGACCGUUAUAGACGAUGACUGCGCUCCAGCUUCAUCAACAAGUGUAAAGAUUUAACUGAAGUAGAAAAUGGACUAAUAUUGGAAAAACAGAAUUUGACUUUAAGUCCAUGACACGCUAUUCUUAUAAUAGAAAGCUAGCUUCUCUCACAAACACUACAUUAGUUUCUCGAACGUACGCAUCCAUCAGAGCGCCGUAGGCCUAAUUGUUCAUAUCGUGCUGCACUGAUUGGUUUCUUUUAUUUCAAAUAAAGUGUCUGAAAUGAC